AUGGAGAAUAGUCAUUUAAGUGGUCAAGAAACAGUUCCCAUUAGUCAGGGUGAAUCUAGUUUGCAAGUCUCCGGUGAAACUCGUUUGUUAAGUCAGAAUCCGGAUGAGCUUUUACUCGAGGAAAAAGAUGAUACACUCAGUAGUGAUGAUGCUUCAGUCAGUGAUUUCGAUGAAGAAGAGAACAUAGACAACAACGAGGAACAUCUUCAGACUAAAGCUGUUGAUGCUUUAGAGGCAAACAAUGAAAAUCAGAAAAGCUAUGAACUAUGUAUUGGAAUGGAGUUUAGUUCUGAUGAGUCUGCAUAUAAAGCUUAUAGAAAGUAUGGAUGCAAUCAUGGUUUCGAUGUAAGGAGACAACGGACUUCGAGAAAAAACCAGAAGCUAGUAAGGGUGGUUUAUGUAUGCUCAAAAGAGGGGUUUAGACAAGAACCUAAGGUCAAGAAAUCAUUUUCACGACCAACCACAAGGUGUGGUUGUCAAGCUCGCAUAUCUUGCUAA